AUGAUUUGUGCCUUUAGUAAUGCACCUUUCUUUGAUAACUCUCCCAACAGAAAAUGGAGAAUAUUUGCUUUGCUGACUGAUCUUAAUCGCUUAAGUGUUAUCAAUAUUACUUCCUUAUCCAACAAUUACUCAGUUAUGUUUUGUUCAUUGAAAGCCCGACCUGUGGAUUGCAAUUGGAUUACUUUUCCCCGAUUCCCCACCGAGACACAAGAUGAAGGCCUGGACACUCGCAGCUCUUCUGAUCGCCGCCGUUCUGGCAGAGAGAGUGGUGGCGCGGCCGACGGCGCCCAGGACGACGACGAGGAGAUCCAGGAUGACGAGCCCGCCAACGAGGACGGCCCCAGCCCGCCCGCGGGGCCGCCGCCCAAAAUCCUGACGAGCCAGCAGAUCCUGACGCGGAAGGUGGGCGAGUCCGUCAUACUGCCGUGCCAAGUCGAGAACGUGCCCACGGUGGUGUGGCUCAACAAGUCCCUCACCCUGGCCGUCAACAACCUGCGGCUCACCUUCAAGGACGACAACAGACUCACCUUCCGCCCGGACCACACCCUGGAGAUCAAGAACCUGACGCUCUUCGACGCCGGCGAGUACACGUGCAAAGUCAACGACGGCCUGCAGAUCCACCACCAGCUCGUCCUCAACGAACCGCCGCGGCUUGUGUCCGCCGAGCCCGAGAACCCGCAGGUCAUCCUGGAGCGCGGCCAGCACUCCACGCUGCGGUGCCACUUCGGCGGCAACCCUCGGCCGCACGUCAACUGGACGCGAAAGGGCGGCCAGUUCCUCGGGGGCGACAAGGUGCACAACGCGGACCAUUUCCACUUGUCCAACGUGGAGGCCAAGGACUCGGACGUGUACACCUGCCACGCCCACAACGGCCUGGGCUUCGCGGAGCACUCCUUCUUCGUGGCGGUCAACGACGGGCCGCACAUCGUGCCGGAGCGCGACGUGGUCAACACCAACAUCGGCGAGCGGCCCGAGCUGGCCUGCGUGGUGCACGCCUACCCCAAGGCCACCGUCAAGUGGUUCAAGAAGGAGCAGGCCGAGGAGCUGCACCCCAACAAGCACAUGGAGAUGCUGCCCGGCGAGGACGUCCCCGGCGAGGGCGGCCUCAGUCGCCGCCACGUGCUGCGCUUCGACAACGUGGCCGAGGAGCACCUGGGCACCUACCAGUGUCUGGCCGAGAACAGCAAGGGCACCUCGAGGCGAGCCAUCAGGCUGUCGGGUUUACCGUUGGCUGCCAAGCUAGAGCAUGUAACAUAUAAUAAGGGAAGGCCGGUGCUCUCCUGGACUGCUGACAGCCUGGAUCCUAUCACUACAUUCGAACUCUUGUAUCGACCAAAAAAAAGUUCUGAUUGGGACACUAAAGUGUUACCAGUUAAUAAGACUCAAAAAAAUGUUUACACAGUGACGUAUGAAAUGGAAAACAUCGAAGCACCUAUGUACGAAGCUAAACUGAAGUCACGAAAUUCAUUUGGUUGGUCAGAGGACUCAAUAAUAUAUGAAAUUAGCGCAGAUACAUCAGUGAGUGCAGAAUCAUCCCUAAAAGGCGGCGCACCAGUUACGAGAAUAUCUCUCAGCCUACUUCUUGGAGUUGCCCUGCUUCUCACAAGAUCAUAGAUUUAGGUCUCUUCAGGGUGGAGACAGUGUAAGAAGUAUGAAGGAAGACGAACGUAAUGCAGAAAAAGAAGAGUAGACAGUAUGUUUUUGAAUGAAAGCUGCAGAAUUUAUUGAGCACCGUAGGUUAACAGUUGUUGACCCAUUAGUCAUAAACCUCUGUGCUGUAGUAUCUGUCAGAAGUAAUUGGCAGCUCUUAAUUUCCUAUGUGUCCUAGUGGUAGAAUCUUUAGACAACAUAUAUUUAUUGCAGAGGACAUUCAUGAAGUCACAUAUUGUAUGCUUAUGUGUUUGAUGAAAAUCAUAGGCUACUUAUGAACCAUCUCUUUAAGAAAUUUCUUCUUAUGUCUAUAUGAAUUGUGCAUCAUAUCAGCGCUUCAUAAUUUACCACCAAAUUAGCAGUCUUUAUUUUAUUUGUUAUUGAGGGUCAGAAAGGCUGUGCUUUCAUAGAGACAAGAGUAACAAAAUUAAGUUUGGAAAGGAGAAAUAGCAUCGGCUGUAUCAUAGCAGAAACUUUACUUUCAUGGAGCAUUUAUACUGAAAUACCUUCAAAUGAACAUUCACAAUUUUCCAGUGUGACUAUGUGUUCACAAGUUUGAAUUGAUCUCCAGAAUGUCCAAGAACGAAACCUACAGAAAUCCUUGUUUCUUUUGUGAGCUGAGUACUCUGAGACAUAAAAUGAAAAUUUAGUUAAGACAUCAAUAAAAUGACUUGGCCUUGGUCUGUGCUCUAGUAAAAAUCAGCCCAGAAAAAGAGAGAGAAAAAAUUCUGAAGACAGACUGGAGCACAGCAUAGUUAAUUCUGGGCAUAAGAAUCAGCAUGUUUCAUUUCAUGUUUCUGUUUGUUUUGUUUUUUGUGCUGCAAUUGCUCACUAUGAAGAGAAUACUUGUAUUGCAGUUGUUCUUAGCAUCUCCAUGAGUGCAAAUUCAGAUCAAAUGCUUAAACCAAAAAGUGCAUGGGAAGAAAAAAGUCCGAAAUGGGAUAUUCAUUCAGCCACUCUCUUUUCUGAAGACUUUCUUGUGUGUACUUAAUGGCUUUUUGGCAGAAAUACAUAAGUGAAAUUACACAGAAGCACAAGUAAUAUGCUUCUACUUUAAGCAACACUUGGUGCUGAAGUGUGGUAAAAAUUGUUGAUUAUUCCAUAGCAACCUCUUCUCAUGCAUUUUGAAUAUCUAGAUUUUUAAAUAGCUUAUCCUGUGCUUCACUUGAGAUGGGUUGGUCACGAAAUCAAAUCCGACUGUUUCUUGUUAUAAAUGCAGUUAGGUUCAGAAGUACAACGAAAGAUGAUUGUAAAAUAGGAAUGUUACCCAUCAUUUGCCAAUUCAAUGUAUGGUCUGUGUGGUCUUUCCCCCCCCCCCCCCUUUUUUUUGAAACAUAACUUCUUACUACUUGGAGUGUCUUGUGCACAAAUGAAUUUAUAUUCACUAUACAAUUUUAAAGCUUUCAUUGUUUUCUGAAUUUUAUUGUAAAUUUGGUCGUUAGUUUUAAGUUAAAGUAGUUUUGUCCCAUAGCUUUAUAAUGCAGUCAUGAUAGUUAGGUAAAUAUAUGAAUUAAAUAAGGGUGCAGAUAAACUUGAUAGUUUCCCCCUAUCCUGCAUAUUAAGAGCUUAUCUUCAUGCUGUCACCUUUCUUUUACUUUUUUUUUAAGAAAAAAAAAGAAAAGAAAAAGCUCUAUUAGUUAUGCUCUUGUUUUGGAUUCAUUCCAAAUAAAAGAUCAAGUCUAUUACUUUAAAAUUGUUAAAUUGUGGUUCUCAUUUUUAGUAACUAUGCUAAUUUUUCUUCAAUGUUUGCAAGCGAUUGUUAAAAUUUAUAUGAAGUUACUUCAUAUGAAAGUGACGAGAAAUGUGGGUGCCAUGAUAAGAGAAUGGAACGUGGGUGUCAACCCUUGUUCCUUGGGGAAUGGAAGGAUUUUCGAGUUAAGGCUGCUACCUCUUCAAAGAAAUAUGUAAGCUUUAAAUUAGAAGGCAAACACAAUUUGGCAGUUAAAUAUUUAUUUAUUGUAUUAUUGUUUGCAAACCACAGAGUGUAUCACUGUAUAUAACUCGUAUUGUAAUGCCAUUAUGGCAACACAUCUGAAAUUACUUCAUAUCUCUGUAUUUAUUGUACAAUUAUCGCUGAAUGUGAAUUCUCUGUAAAUACUGUAAUUGGAUAAUCAAUUUUAAUCUAAUUUGCAUCAUGCAUACAACCUUGUUUUUUUUCAACGCUUUUUAUUCUGCUAAGAGUGGUUCUCUCUCUUCAGGCUUCCGUACAACUCAUACUAUUCAUUGCUGCUUGUCAAAUAGUUCCAAUCAGACCUAAGAUACAAUUUUUAGUCACAGAUCUGAUGAGAAAUGAAUUUAAUGAAGUGGCAGUCUAAAUCACAUUCCUUCUCCUUUCUUUAGUGUGGCAGUGAUAUUUUACUUAAUUCAUUGUAAUGUGCUAUUGAAAUUAUUAGGUAAUUUAUUUGAAAAGGAGAAUGUGAUACCAUCAGCUAAUUGGUUUUCCUCUGUGAAUGAUGAUUACCAUCAGACAUUUCUCAGGAAAAAUUAGAUCACAUUGCAGCUUUACCUUGAGCAGUUUUUUUCUGUACUGAAGCAAUAUGCAAAUAAAUGGAAUUGCUGAUGUGUA